UCCUGCCGUCACCUUGACGCAGAUCUGUCGGUCCGUCAGUCGGCAUGACAACGCGCUCUCGGGAGCAACCGGGGAACGGCUGAUGGGCGCGAGGAUGGCAGCAGAAGAUGAGCAGUAACGGAACCAGCGGCGGAAACCCGACCAACACCAGCACCGGGACCGGGACCUGCUCCGGGAGCGGGAGCGGCUCGGUCCAUGUCCCGGCCAUGGAGAGAGCCCGGCCGGUGACGGUGACGGUGUCCGCGGUGAGCCUCUCACUCAGCGUGAUGUCCCUGCUGCUGCUGGUCACAGCCAUCUCCACCGACCACUGGUACGAGACCGACACCCGCAGACACAAGGACAACUGCGACCGAGCCGGAUCCGACUCCAACGACCAGAAGAACCGCGAGAUGCCCAUCUACCACCUGCCGCUGGUGGACACCGGCAGCGGCGGGGCACGGCAGCGGGACGUGGCGCUGAUGAAGCCGGUUCAUGUGGGCAGCAGGGAGGAGGAGCUGCUGGAGAACUGGCGGGCCAUCCUCGGGAUGGGCAUCCUGGAGACAGAGUGCGGCAGGCCGCUGUUCUCCACUCACUCCGGCCUGUGGAGGAAGUGUUACUUCAAGAAGAUGGACCCGGACAUCGACAAGCUCAUCGACCGAGGUAUCGCUGACCGCUGCACUCCUGUAAAGUAUCAUUUCUCCCAGCCAAUCAGAUUGAGGAACAUCCCUCUGAACCUGACCAGGACCAUCCAACAGGACGAGUGGCACCUGCUGCACCUGCGGCGCAUCACGGCGGGCUUCCUGGGCAUGGCGGCAGCGGUGUUGCUGUGUGGGAGCAUCGUGGCGUCGGUGGGAUUCUUCUGGGAGGAGAGUCUGACGCAGCACGUCUCCGGACUGCUCUUCCUCAUGGCAGGGAUCUUCUGCACCAUCUCUCUGUGUACAUAUGCAGCCAGUGUGACCUAUGACCUCUCCAGGACCCCGCCUUUCAUCUAUGGACUUCCUUCUGACGUUGAUCACGGGUACGGCUGGUCGAUCUGCUGCGCCUGGGCCAGUCUGGGUCUGACGGUGGCCGCCGGCUGCCUCGGGACCACCUUCCCCUUCCUGAGCCGGGCCGGAGGGCUGAGAUCCAAGACAGCCCGCGAGUCGUCCGUCUGAGCUGUCAAUCAAACGGAGGGGGAGGAUCCAGAGUAACCUCGGACAUGUUUGUUACCUUGGCUGCACCUGGUUUACUGACCCGGAUAGAGACUGGCUGGAGGAGGGGCUUCAGCCUCCAGGUGGAGGCGGGGCUUCAGCCUCUAGGUGGAGUUGUCUGUAAAAGAAUCGCACUUUUAAUCUGAAGCAAAGUGUUUGUGACAGCACAGCGCCCCCUGCUGACUGUUUAUGAUGUGGACAUUAAUGUUACAACACACACACACACAGACACACACACACAGACACAGACACACACACACACACACACACACACACACACACACACACACACACACACACACACACACACACACACACACACACACACACACACACACACACACACACACACACACACACACACACACACACACA